AUGAAACAGAAAACAGUGUUGCGCGUUUGUUUCAACUGCCGUAAGUGUAAAACAGCAGUACUAAAAGCCGUUGCAAAGCUUGAAGGAAUAGAUUCUGUAGCUGUGGAUGCUGAGAAAUGGACAUUAACGGUGGUGGGGAAUGUUGAUCCUGUGAGAUUAGCGGAACAAAUCAGGAAGAUAGGGAAGGGGGCAGAGAUCAUGAGUGUUGAACCCCCAAAACCUAAUCCACCAGAGCCUAAGGAAAAGUCUGAGGUAGAGCUGAAUCCCCUCCCUACAUGUUGCAAAGAAUGCCAUCUUGUGGUUGUUCGCUACUUUCCCUACGAGGGUGGAUUCUGCUCCAUCCUUUAA